AUGGCGUCGAGAACCAACAAGAUCCGGCCCAUUAGGAAGCCGAUAAUGAAUCGGGACCAGGGCGAGUUCGAGCCAUGCUGGGCACUCCUGCGCGACGCUAUGACCGAUAUUCACCUGCAGAACGCCGGCCGUCUGUCCUUCGAACAACUAUACCGAGCUUCAUACAAGAUUGUGCUUCGAAAGAAGGGCGCCCUGCUCUACGAGAGGGUCAGAGACUUUGAGCAGGAGUGGUUCCGAGACCACAUCAUGCCGAAUAUCGCCGCCCUGAUUACCAAGAACCUGAUCAACAUAUCGCUGCUUCAGCACCCGGGGUCGAGUUCACACGAGCGCAGGGAGAUGGGCGAGAAGUUUCUUCGCGGAAUACGAGACUCAUGGACGGAUCAUAACAGGUCUAUGAACAUGAUUGCGGACGUGCUCAUGUAUCUCGACCGUGUGUAUACGCUAGAGACGAAGCAGCCCUCUCUGUUUGCCGUUACAAUUGGUCUCUUCCGGGAUAAUGUCCUCCAGAGCCACAUUGGCACGGCCGCAGACGACAUUGAGCAAGACUUUGUCGUCUUUGACAUUCUCUGCGCUGUCAUAUUGGACCUGAUUAACAUGGAGCGCGACGGCGAUAUUAUCAACCGAAACCUAGUGCGCAAGAUCACCGCAAUGCUCGAGAGCUUAUACGAGACAGAUGACGAGAUCGAGAACCAGCGACUAUACCUGACCCUCUUCGAACCACGCUAUCUCGAGGCAAGCACAGAGUUUUACCGCAAAGAGUGUGAGAAGCUGGUCCAGGAAGCAAACUGCAGCACUUGGCUCCGCCAUGCCCAACGGCGACUAAACGAGGAGCGGGAGCGAUGUGGCACUACGGUAUCAAUUAUGACCACCGACAAAAUCGCGAGUGUUGUGGAGAAGGAGCUCAUCGAGGCAAAGCUCGAUGUGUUCCUGGCCAUGGAAGGGAGCGGCCUGAAGCCCAUGAUCGACAAUGAUCGCUUGGACGACCUUUCGAUCUUGUACCAACUCAUAUCCAGAGUGGACAGUACGAAAUCGGCGCUGAAGGUUAUUCUACAACGUAGAGUACGGGAGCUUGGGCAGGAGAUUGAAAAGGCGCUCAAGAAUACAGACUUUUCCGUCGCUGGCGCAGCUGCUGGGGAUGGUGAGGAUGCUGGAGAAGCGGCAGAGAAGGCCAAAGCUCAGACCUUGAAUCCGGCUCAGCAGCAGACCGCAGCCGCUAUCAAGUGGGUUGAUGACGUCUUGCAGCUUAAGGACAAGUUCGACCGAAUACUGUCCGAUUGCUUCUGCGAUGAUCUCCUGCUACAAUCCGCGAUUACACGAAGCUUCUCUGACUUCAUCAACUCUUUCAACCGCAGUUCGGAAUAUGUGUCACUAUUUAUUGACGACAAUUUGAAACGCGGCAUCAAGACAAAGACGGAAGCGGAAGUAGACGCUGUCUUGGACAAGGCCAUUGUCCUUCUCAGGUAUCUUUCGGAUCGAGACAUGUUCGAAAGGUAUUACCAGAAACAUCUGGCCAAGCGGCUACUGCAUGGGAAGUCCGAGAUCCAUACCGAGAAGGAGAUGGUAUCCCGUAUGAAGUCGGAAAUGGGCAACCAUUUCACAUCCAAGUUUGAAGGAAUGUUCAAGGACAUGGAGUUGUCCAAAGACCUCACCGACAACUACCGUGAUCAUAUCGCCAGUUUAGGCGAUGCCGACCAUAAGAAGGUCGACCUCAACAUCAACGUCCUGACCACCAACAACUGGCCACCCGAGGUAAUGGGUGGUGGAACGUCGAAGGGGGAAGGGGCGAAAACGGAUUGCUUCUAUCCACCCGAAAUCAAGCGGCUCCAGGAGAGUUUCUACAAGUACUACCUCAAGGACAGGAGCGGCCGUGUUCUUACGUGGGUCAGCUCGGCGGGCAAUGCGGACAUCAAGUGUGUGUUCCCCAAGGUUCCGGGCAAGGAGACCGGACCCUUGAGCAAGGAAAGGCGAUAUGAGCUGAACGUCUCGACAUAUGGCAUGAUUGUGCUCAUGCUAUUCAACGAUCUCGAGGACGGCGAAAGUUUGAGCUUCGACGAGAUCCAAGCCAAGACGAACAUUCCGGCACCAGAGCUUAUGCGAACACUGGCUUCGCUUUCGAGUGUUCCCAAGUGCAGGGUACUGCUCAAGGAACCGGCCACAAAAAAUGUGAAGAAUACCGACAAGUUCUCUUACAACGCACAGUUUGUGAGCAAGGCUAUCAGAAUCAAGGCUCCCGUCAUAAGCAGCAUUUCCAAGGUCGAAGGGGACGAGGAGCGAAAGGAGACGGAAAGGAAGAACGACCAGACACGUGCUCAUGUUAUUGAUGCGGCGGUUGUCAGAAUCAUGAAGCAACGCAAGCUACUCGCCCACACAAAGCUCGUAAACGAGGUCAUCUCGCAACUCAUGGGCCGCUUCAAGCCUGACGUACCGCUAAUCAAGAAACGAAUCGAGGAUCUCCUCGCCAGAGAGUACCUGGAGCGGGUGGAGGGUGACUCGUCAACCUACCGAUACUUGGCUUAG